AUGCUAUCUUGCGCUGGGGGUGUAUGUUCGUUAGAAUGAGCGUGAUUCCUCCGGGUACUGACCGGGGCAGACCUCCAACGUCUUCGUCGAUCUUCAUCGAUCACUGGGAGGAGCCAGCCGCCCUCUCUUCCAUCCGCAGCGGUCUCUGAGUCUUCGUUCUCCUCUCCCUCGGGACCGUUUUGAGGCCCGAAGACCAUGAUUCCCGUGGUAAGUGCGGAGCUCCUCCCUGCUACAUCUUGAUUCUAGCAGGUCGUGGAUUCACUGUGCGACUUGGGGGAAAUUUCUCCGUCUGUGUUGAUUUGAUUUCUCCGCUUUCUGCAGAGCAACUCGGGAUCGUCCGCGCAGAGCCCUAGAUCCCCAUCGGCGAAGCCGUUUCUCUCUGUUUCCGUCACCGAGCCCGUCAAGCUCGGGAAUGGGGUUCAGGCCUAUGUCUCUUAUCGCGUCAUCACCCAGGUCCCUUGUUUCUACUCACGAACAUCUAUGCGCUUUUAUUUUCCUGUUGAAUUUUCUCAAUUCCUGGCCAUUCCCUCUUCGGGGUUGCAUGUUUUACAAGGGAAUGUAAUUUUUUUGACAAUUUUUUCAUUUUCUGCCACUAUGAACCCGUGCCGACAUUUUUGUUAUUUACCCUAGCUCCUAGCGUGGAAUAAACUCUGGAUUAGAUUUAGAACUCAGAUCGCGCGAACUCAAAACCUGUGUGCACAAAUUAAAAAUUCGUUUGAUUUUUUCGUGGAAAUUAUUUCUCUAGUCGACGCUUGCGAUGUAGAGAAAAAUGUCGCAUGUCUCUUAUCGCGCCAACAAUCACAUUGAUUAACCGCCACAGCUAUCAAUAUUGUUCAAAAAAAUAUGAUCUUGUAAUCUAAGGUUCAACUUAUUGGAGUAUCCUUAGUUAAGGCGUCUUUGUAUCUAUUGAACGGUCUGUGUUUUAAGUUUGUGGAUCAAGCUCACAAGAGUUUAGUUAUUUUUAAGAUUACAUUCCACCUCCCUUGAGUUUUUCUUUGCUGAACUGACUUAUAUAUCCAUAUUGUAGUACGAUCUAUUACCGUUCCCAUUUUGAGACCUACCUAGAUAACGAAGUGAGAUGUCUAAAGUAAGUCUAAUUUUAAUAAGACAGAAAGUGAAAGCAAAUACGAUAGCCGAAAAUAACGUUUACGAGAAUAUCAUUUUGCAAGUUUUGUGUACUUUAUGGGCUACGAGUAGAUUUAUACUGAAAGGUCACUGGCCAUUAGACCGCUGCUCUGUUGAAGGUAUAAAAGAUGCAACUUGUUGGUUGCUGUCAAUUUUCUAGUUAAAAUUGAGAAGAUAGAUGAUGAAUGAAUAAGGUUAACAUUAAAUCUUCUGUUUCUUCCUCUUAUUGCCCUGCUUACGAUUUGUCAUUGAUGAUGAAGAAUGAAUGCUCCCCAAAAGAGGCAGACCAUAUUCCCACCCCAAUUACUUAGUAUGCUCAUGCACAAAUGUUGACUUCAGUCCGCUAGUGUAACAGUGUGGAAAAAAUGCUGUCUCUCAUUGCCCCGUGAUGUGCUUGCUGGAGAAACCGCAAUAAUUGGUGCUUUUGACUGAUUGAGAGUGGACCAGCUUUUCACAUAUGUGGAAGGUUUAGGAAGAUACAUUAAUUACUUCAAGUUUGCUCAUCCAGGAAGCCUUUCUUUCUAGUUUUUCUAAUGGGUGGGCAUGUACACCAAGUGAUCAACAGAUGUCUUUUCCAUACAGAGGCCCAUGAUGUGUUUGCUAGAUCUUAAGGAUAGUAACGUGAUCAAACAGGUUUAUUGCCCAGAUUGUGUUGUAAACUAUUUAGAUUGUGGAGAUUUUGUGGAUGCUUCUCAUAUGAUAGUGUUUUAGUAUAUAUUAUAUUAUCAUGACGUAAAAUUUCUAAAUUUAUUUUUAGAACAUUAAUUUUUCAUUAUCUCAUGUUUUUCCUGUUCUCUUAUCACCAUAUUAGUUUCGUUUCCUUUAAUUUUUUUCGUACGACUUUUUCUGGGCAGACAAAUUUACCAGAGUAUCAGGGACAAGAGAAAAUUGUUAUUCGGCGUUUUAGUGAUUUUUCAUGGCUGCGGGACCGGCUUUGUGAGAAGUACAAAGGAAUUUUCAUUCCUCCUCUCCCUGAGAAGAGUGCUGUAGGUUAGCUUUCUGAUCAUUUUGUCCUUAUUAAACACUAUUAUUCUUUCUAAUUUCGCUGACAUGACGCUACAAUAAAUAUUGAAGCUAGGGAAUUCGCAUGAAGCUGCGAUUGUCUUAUCAUAAAGUUACUCCUCUUUAUGCAUUGGAACCCAUAUACUAAUUUUUUUUUCAUGGUUGUCUUGUUAAAAAGUCACAGUGCCACACUAGGAGAAGAAGUAUAUUGAUUAAUCCUUCAUUCAGGAUGAGGCAUACCAUUGAUCAAUGAGCGUAUUAAAGAACUGUGCGCUCUUGCAAGCAUAAAGGAAACUAAUGUGAUUUAGAUUUUGAACAAGAGUUCCAGUUUUUUUAAUGAUAAAUAAAUGAGAAGAUGAGACUCAGUCUUUUACUUGGAUGCCAUAAAAUCAUUAGGGUCGAGUUUCAGUCUUUUACUUUUUGGUGCCUUCUUAUAUUAUGUUUGAGUUUCAUUGUCUUCUGUUCCUAGGCCUCUUUUCUGGGAUUUGCUUCGAUGCAUCACGACUUUAUGCAUAAUAGUAUUUUACUACCUGACAAUUGAGGAACUAGUUAAUUUUGUUUUCCUUGAAGAAACCUUACCUAGUGUUUUUUCCAGUGGGCAUGAAGGACAUGCUAUUGUCUUUGUAUGAACAUCUUUAAAGAUUUAGUUGUUUAUGGAGCUGCUUAUCUUCAAGUUAAAUGCUUUUUUGUUAAGUUCUGUGAUGGAGUAUACUAGAAAGUCACUAAUAGGUAAUUAUCUUGGAAUUCUUCUCCAUUCUCAUUGGAAAUUCUCGACCUCGUGUUUAGCAAUAACAUUUGUUGUCCAUAACAUUGAUUUUAAACACAGAAUCUUUCUCUGCCAGUCAAAAUCACAGAAAAGUUGCUGUACAUUAGCAUUGGUUUCUCGGAUCUAUGCAUAAAGUCCACAAGACUAUAAGCUGAACAGUCCAUUAUUUUGGAUUUAUAAUUUCUGAGUGAAACUUGACUAUGAAGCUUAGGUCAUGACUUUGGAUUGGACAUUUAAACCAUAUGUUCAACGCGUAGCUCACGCAGCUGAAAUUGAUUUUUCACUUUCACCUGUGUAAUGGUAUGGUUUCUAUUUCAUCUAGUGGUUACAUUGAUACUUAAAAAUCUGUAGCCGGAGAAAAAUCAUGUUUAGUGCUUUUCAGUGAAAAGCCCAAAGCCUGAAGCUUCUUCCUUUUGAAAAAAACGAUCACUGCAAAUUGUUAUUAUUUUAACAGCGACUUAUGUCUCUUGUCAAAGUUUAAACGCUAUGUAGUUUGUUUGUAUUCUAGAGAUCUCUCACAUCUUGCAAAACAUAUUCGUUGGGAGGUAACUCGAAUAAAUUAUGACCUUACAUGAUUCCUCUCUCAACGUCUAGAAAAACUAUCAUCGAAAUUUUGGUGUUGAUGAGCAAGGGAAGCCCACUUAGUCUCCCGGUUUAUCUUAUAUAGAACGUGAUUUUUGUUGAGUAAUGCCAGGUUGAUGCAAGUACACUUGCGAAUAAUUUCAUACCAGCAUGAUGUCAUAUGAGAGACGCCAAUAUUUUCUUGCUCAUUGUUCCUGCAUAUGCCUUCCUAUGUACACUCUGAUGGUUUACUUUUUUAAUGUUUCCAGAGAAGUUCAGGUUUAGUGCCGAGUUCAUUGAAUUAAGGCGUCAGGCAUUGGACAUAUUUAUUAAUCGAAUAGCUUCACAUCCUGAAUUACAGAAAAGUGAGGAACUACGAACAUUUCUGCAGGAAGACGAAGAGGUAACUUUGCCCUUGGCAAUCAUUGUCUGGGAUACAGUCGCACCUGUUUUCCAAUUUGUUUUUAGAGGAUUCGACCAUGAAGAGCUGAGUUUAUGUGUCUUGAUUUGGGGUUAACAGCCACCUAUUUGAUUCAGACGACCAUGAAAACCCCAGAUCUUUGUUCAGUCCUGAGUUUUCCGAGAGGCCAUUCCUAAUUUUUUACCUUGGCUUCAGGCUAUGGAGAGAACGAGGUCACAUGAAACCGGAAUCUUCAAGAAGAAGCCAUCAGAAUUGAUGCAGAUUUUCAAGGUAGCGUGUGAUUGCAGGCCACCCGGAUGUGUGGUCUUCUAUUCUGAAGAACAGGCCAUGAUGGAUUUUGCUGUGAUUUCUCUGUAGGAUGUUCAAUCAAAGGUAAGUGAUGUCGUUCUAGGAAAAGAAAAGCCAGUUGAAGAGACUACUCCUGAAUACGAGAAGCUAAAGCAUUACGUAUUCGAGUUGGAAGACCACCUUUCAGAGGCGCAGAAACAUGCCUUCCGACUUGUGAAGAGACACAGAGGUGAGUAUGUGGUUAAUGUGAUCCUUUCAAAUGUUUUGUUUCCCGCUUUAUGAUUGUUAGAGUUAUUGGUCCAGCGGGCUCAUAAUCUAGUUGGGGCCGAUAAUAUGCUUAUUCUAGUAAAAAUAACCAAUAUUAGAGUUGGCAGGCCAACUCACACCGAGCCAAAUGAGCUAUGAGUGGAGUUGACCCGGCUUUCUAAAUAAUUACAGCACGCCUUUCAGUUCUUGACCAUCAUCUUUAUGCUGGGUUUGACUCUGAGGUGUUUUAUUUGGUCAAAACCAUCUCCAGAGCUGGGGCAGUCGUUGUCUGAUUUUGGAAAGGCGAUAAAGCUUCUGGGUGCUUGUGAGGGAGAUCCUCUCGGCAAGGCGUUCUCGGAGCUCGGGUCCAAGUCAGAGCUGCUGUCCAUUAAACUACAGAAGGAGGUCAGCCGUCCACACAGCCUCUGCGUUUCUUCUCUGAACCCAGCAGUUUUCCAUACUAUCUACGACCAUACACCUUUGACUUUGAUGCAGGCUCAUAACCUAUUAACGAAUUUUGAGGAGCCACUGAAGGAUUAUGUGCGUGCUGUGCAGUCCAUAAAGGUUGACUCUUGUCUGCUUUCCUUAGUCCUAUGAUUUUUCAGCUGAACUGCAACAGGGAGUAUCGAAACCUGGACAUUAGUUUACCAUGAAAUACGUGCAUAGUUUUGACCAUCUUCUGCCAAUAAUAUCUCCUACCAACUCUGUGGGCAGGCUACAAUGGGAGAGAGAGCCAACGCCUUCAGGCAGCAAUGCGAGUUGGCCGAAGCAACGAAGCUAAAAGAGAUUAACCUGUAUGUGAUUCCAUUCAUUUAUUAUUAUUCAUUUCGUAUGUGCAAUGUUUGCCCGAUGGCCAGUAUGAUUCCUGUUGGGAAGAACUGAGCAUCAGAAAAUUGCAGAGUUGCCGUUGACAUCGCCAAACCUGAUUUGAUUCCCGUUGACCUGGACUGGUCAGUCCAAGAUCAUUUCCCUUCUGAGCAAGUGAUGCCCAUCUGUGUUCUUCGCAGGGACAAGCUGAUCCUAAUACGCUCCGACAAGGUCCCCGAGGCGGAGCUCGAGUACAGAGAGGUCUGUGUCUAAUCUGUGCCUGCCCAUUCGUGUUCUCUGAGUAAGACGAUCGACCGACCGCUCACCUUCCCCGUUGCAGCUCAAGGCGGAGAGCGAGGAGGCGACCAAGAAGUUCGAGACGAUCGUGAGGCUGAUGGGCGAGGAGAUGGCCAGGUUCCAGGAGCAGAAGACCGCCGACAUGGGCCUCGCCUUCCACGAGUUCGCCAAGGGCCAGGCCAAGCUCGCCAAGGACGUGGCCGACGCCUGGCGCACCGUCCUCCCCAAGCUGGACUCCUGCGCCACUCUCAGAGCCAAGUGA